CCCGCCGCCGCCGCCACCGCCUCCGCCCGCCGCGCGGACAGUGGAGCGGGGUCGCAGCCGCCUGCCCGCCCUGCGGUGGGCCAGGAUGUCGGGCUUCCUGGAGGAGCUGCUCGGCGAGAAGCUGGUGACGGGCGGCGGCGAGGAGGUGGACGUGCACUCGCUGGGCGCCCGCGGCAUCUCGCUGCUGGGUCUCUACUUCGGCUGCAGCCUCAGCGCCCCCUGCGCGCAGCUCAGCGCCAGCCUGGCCGCCUUCUACGGGCGCCUGCGGGGGGACGCGGCGGCCGGGCCGGGGCCGGGAGCGGGGGCCGGGGCGGCGGCGGAGCCCGAGCCGCGGCGGCGCCUGGAGAUCGUCUUCGUGUCCUCGGACCAGGACCAGCGGCAGUGGCAGGACUUCGUGCGGGACAUGCCGUGGCUGGCGCUGCCCUACAAGGAGAAGCACAGGAAGCUCAAACUUUGGAACAAAUACCGAAUUUCCAACAUUCCAUCGCUAAUAUUCCUCGACGCCACCACUGGGAAGGUUGUGUGCAGGAACGGGCUGCUGGUGAUCCGAGACGACCCAGAAGGUCUGGAGUUCCCCUGGGGACCGAAACCCUUCAGGGAAGUCAUUGCAGGGCCCUUGCUUAGAAACAACGGGCAGUCACUGGAGAGCAGCAGCCUGGAGGGAUCUCACGUGGGCGUCUAUUUCUCUGCACAUUGGUGUCCGCCCUGCCGCAGCCUCACCCGGGUCCUGGUGGAAUCCUACCGGAAGAUCAAGGAGGCAGGCCAGAACUUCGAGAUCAUCUUCGUUAGUGCAGACAGGUCGGAGGAGUCCUUCAAACAGUACUUCAGUGAGAUGCCCUGGCUCGCCAUCCCCUACACUGACGAGGCCCGGCGGUCGCGCCUCAACCGGCUGUACGGAAUCCAAGGCAUCCCCACGCUCAUCGUGCUGGACCCGCAGGGCGAGGUGAUCACGCGGCAGGGGCGGGUGGAGGUGCUGAACGACGAGGACUGCCGGGAGUUCCCCUGGCACCCCAAGCCCGUGCUGGAACUCUCCGACUCCAACGCCGCGCAGCUCAACGAGGGCCCCUGCCUCGUCCUUUUUGUAGAUUCUGAGGAUGACGGAGAGUCCGAGGCGGCCAAGCAGCUGAUUCAGCCCAUAGCUGAGAAAAUCAUUGCCAAGUACAAAGCCAAAGAGGAGGAGGCACCGCUUCUGUUCUUCGUAGCCGGGGAGGAUGACAUGACUGACUCCCUGCGAGAUUACACCAACCUGCCUGAGGCUGCCCCUUUGCUCACCAUCCUGGACAUGUCAGCCCGGGCCAAGUACGUGAUGGACGUGGAGGAGAUCACCCCCGCCAUUGUGGAGGCCUUUGUGAAUGACUUCCUAGCAGAGAAGCUCAAACCGGAGCCCAUCUAGCGUGGCUCCGGCCUCCUGAGACGUUAUUUAAAACUCAGCCUUCUCCUCCUCCUCCCCCUCCUUCCUUCCGCCCUUGGACUUAGCCAGCGUGCCCUGAAUCACACCACCCAAGUGUCCAACCUCUCUGUGGUGCCUUGUUUCUGCAUUAAACUCCUCAGCCAGCACCCUGGGGUGCGGAAUCA